AAAUGCGAGAUGGAGUCACUCGGGCAGAUUCUUUUAGCUACGGCAAUGUUUCAGGUCGUCACAUGCCUGACGAUCCUGCUAUCACCCACAUCGACAGAUCUAUUGACUCAGGGAGCGAUCAUACUGUCGAGGGGCCCAGAACGCCAAUGUCUAGUCACUCUCAUACGAGAGCGGUGUGUUACUCUUCAUCCGUUUAUCUGUCUGUUUUAUGACAGCCACCUUUCAGGCUUCUAUACACACACCGGGUGGUUACCCGGGGAAGAGUCCUACUAAUAUAUAUGCGGACGGCCAUGAGACUCGUCCGAUGCGAUACAAUGAAAUCCACCCAGUUGGGCACGGCCGGGCCCCUCACUCAGGCAGGCAUGGUCCUAUCUAUUACGUCAUCCCUGGCGGGGUGAGUGUUAUAUUCCAAGAUGAAUAUGGGAAUGAAGUUGGAAGAGUUGGUGAUUUUAGCGGGCGCCCAGCACCACGUUCUGCACCCUUUAUUGUGCAGGAUAAUCAUGGGCGUGAGCUUUACAGUUAUGAUGGCCGCGAUCACGAAAGUGGCCAUCCCAGAGAUCCACGAGUGGUUAUGAUAGAUCCCAAUCAACGUAGUUCAAAACGCCCAAGUAGUAGCAGGGGUUACUCGUCCCAGAACUAUCACUCCGAUCCCUCUUAUAGGCACCACGAUGACUACUCAUCCCAUAGAUAUCACUCCGGUCCAUCGUACAGGCACUACGAUGACUACUAUCACGAACACAGGGGUAGAGGCUACAGGGAUAGAGACGACAGAGACCCUUACCGAGAGAGGGAAUACAGAGACCCCUACCGGGACAGGGAAUACAGAGACAGGGAAUACAGAACACGGGAUCACCGAGAUAGACAGCCACGAGAUACGGGUUACCAUGGAAGGGAUGAUUGGCAGCCCGAGGACCAACCACGAGGAUCGCACUCAUCAAUGCACAGAACAAACAGCCACCGCAGCCAUACUUCCUCGAAUAUGUCCGAAAGGCCAUUUCCACAGACUCUUCCGGAUGACCGGCAUUCCAAUUCCAGUCGGCUACGUGACGGGCCUCAUCCCUCAGACAUGCACCCCGUCGAGGAGAUCGCUGAUGGGAUGCAAUCCCUCCAAAUUUGAGAAUUUCAUGAAAAAGCACGUCUGUUGCGCAAUGAUGGGUAAUUAUCGUAAUGCUAUGAGACAUCAUCUACGACUACGACUUGUAUUGUGCCCGUGCCUGGCUGCGCCAUGUACCCCACGACCGGUCACCGAAUUUAUUUCCUCUUUACUAAGCU